AUGUUUGAUGACUCGAUUCCUCUAGAGGAUAAAAUCGUUCUUAAAGGAUUACCACCAGUAUACAAGCUACCCGAGGACUGGAAACUACCUCCGAAUAUUUAUAAUAACUUCACCAUAAAGGAUAUUCAGAAGUCGUUCUUCUCGAAAGAUUACGAGAAUUUCCACAACAUUUGGCGAUUUGAUGGUCUUGUCCCCGACCGAUCAAAAAGGUUUUUCAACGAGUUUCCCCGGGUGGGAUCAAAUUGGGAUGGUGAGCACCAUACUUAUAAUUCGGAUUAUAGCUUUAUCAUGAAAUGGUUUCCAGCGUUCAGUCAAAAUCUCUAUGUGGUCCAUUGGCUUUUCCCAAAGCUUGAUGAAAAAUAUUUCCCAAGUAACACUAAGACCACGGAACUUUCGGUGUUGGAAAAGCCGGAUAAGUAUAAUACUCCACAUGCCAAUAUUCCUAGAAAUCUAACUCCUAAUGAAUCGAAGAAAGCGAUCUUCAAGGCUAAACCAAUCCCAACAAAGUUCGAACAAAACAUGUGCGAGAGUUUGCGUGGCAAUGGAUUAUAUAACCGCAAGGGAGUGUGGGCGUGUUUCAUCAUGAGUGGCAAUACCAUCGAUUUAGAACAUGAUGAGUUUGGUGAAAAAUUCUUUCUCAAGUAUGAGGAUUGGUUGAGGUGGAAGAAAUUAAUGAAAUUGCGGAUCAUUGAGGCAGCUGAAAACAAUGAUUUGGAGAAAGUGAACCUAAUAAGAAAUAUAUCUUAUUCUGGGUGA